AUGAACCACUCGAAGACACGUGUUUUAAACGAAUGUCAGAACCACCUCAACUUCGAAAAUGAGUCUUCGUGGAACGAUGGCGUGGCCUUCAACCGUACCCGUGGGACGUUAAACCACCUUUUCAUUGGAGCCCAAAAGCAGGAGCCUAAUUAUGUGGCCAUACCCGCCACCGUCUUUUGUAGCUUACUCUUCUUAUUUGGUAUUUUGGCCAACGGUAUUAGCAUCCUUACGCUCAUGAGAAAUGGAAGGAUGAAAGUGAGCGCAGUUCGGUUCUACCUCUUGAGUUUGGCCUUGGCAGACAUCUUGUUGCUCUUUACAAUCCCGGUGACUCUUUACCGAUAUUUCUGGCAAUAUUACCCUUGGACGCUCUCUGACUCUGUGUGCAAAUUGUACUUCAUGAUCCGGCAUGUCUACUGUGCUACCACCAGUUGGACCAUUAUCGCCUUUACUUCCGAGAGGUACUUUGCCAUAUGCCAUCCUAUGUGGUCCAUUACUGGGCUUCGGAAAUCUCGCAUGGCGUAUUUGUUGGCCUUUAUCUGGAUUUUAUCAUUUAUCAGCACUAUUCCUGUGGCUUUAGUGUAUGGAGAGUCUGCAGCCUGUAUUUUGGACUAUACAGCCACCACCCAAGAGGAAGUGGUACUUGAUUCCACCGUGUGUGAGAUGCUGGAACCAAAACCCUACAUUAUAUACAAGAGUAUCCUGCAAAUUCGGAGCAUCCUAUACUUUGUAGUGCCCCUGGUUACCAUCAUGAUCUUCCACGUGCUGAUCUACCACCACCUCAGUAUCAACCAUCGCCAGAGGGAGAAGAUUGGCCUAACAAGAACGCAUUGGCGGUUUUCUUCCAAGAGCGUAACUCAACCUCAAAGCCGUCCGCUUUCAGAAAAGAAGGCCCGUCAGCUGAUGGGGGCUGUAGUGGUGGCGUUUUUCCUGUGCAAUUUUCCCGAUACCGCCUCAUCACUCAUGCAGAUCUACAUAGACAACUGGAACACACACAUCCUUAAGGUCUACACCUUGCUGAAGACCUACUUAUCGCUGCUGCCGCUUUGGUACCUCAACAGUGCUCUAGACCCAAUACUAUUCUGCAUUUCUUCUACGUCGUUCCGCAGUGCAUGCUGGGAAACCCUUACGGCUGUUCUGCCAUGGCAGGAUAAGUCAACAGACGGACCAAACCACGCAUACCAUGUUUCCUGCGCUCGGUCUGGUGGGUCUUCCCUCGUGUCGGCACCAAGCACCCGGUCAACGUGGACACUUAAUUCCAACGAAGGAGAGCAAAAAGAAUGCUUCAGUCAACCUCGAACCAAUGAUCCAAAACUUAUUUUCUUCAGGCACCUUGAUGUCAUGGAAAUCAAAGACUACACAUUUCCGUAA